AUGACCUUUACUGUUAAAUCUGAGAUCUAUACUUUUGGUGGCAGGCUUCUUAAGCUUUCCCACCAAUCUUUAAUUACCAAUUCUUUCAUGGAUGUUAAUGUUUACCUUCCUUCUCAGUAUUUUAAUCUGCCAGAGUCUUUAGUCAAGAUUCCAGUUCUUAUUUACCUUUCUGGUCUUACUUGUACCCCUCAAAAUGCCAGUGAAAAGGCAGGUCUCUUCGGUUACGCUGACAAAUACGGUCUUGCCCUAGUUUUCCCAGACACUUCACCAAAGAACCUUCCGAUCGCUGGAUCUAAAGAUUCUUGGGACUUUGGGGAGAGUGCUGGGUUUUAUUUGGAUGCCACAAAAGAACCAUGGUCUAAAUAUUUCCAGAUGCACAGCUAUAUUUUGAAAGAAAUUCCAUUAUUGGCAAAGCAAUAUCCAAAGCUUGACUUUACCAAGAAAUCUAUCAUGGGCCACUCUAUGGGUGGUUUGGGAGCGCUUUUAUUUUUCCUUAGAAAUAAUAGUGAAUCGCAUACUGAAUUCCAAUCAGUUUCUUGUUUUGCCCCAAUUUGUGCACCAAUGAGCGUUCCUUGGGGGAAAAAAGCUUUCGGUGGAUACUUAGCUGACGAAUCUGAAUGGGCCCAAUACGAUCCAACUCAAUUGAUCAAGAAAUAUCAAGGUAUUAACACUUCUGAUAUUUUGAUUCACCAAGGUACUAAGGAUGGCUUCUAUUCUGGCGACAUUAACCAAUUGCAACCAGAGAAGUUGGUCGAGGCAGUGAAAGGAACUAGAUAUGAUGGAAAAUUGAAUAUGAACUUGGUGGAGGGGUACGACCAUUCUUAUUAUUUUAUCGCAUCUUUUGCUGGUGAACAUGUUUUACAUCAUGCUAAAGCUUUGGGCUUGGUUUGA